UUUCACUGGCUCUCUUCUUUCCUUUCUUAUAACGUUUUUAGAUCCUUCUCCCGCCACCCACCCGCCGCCGUAUGAUAUCUUUGGUGGCGGCCAUACCACCAUCUAUUUAUUAGUUUUAUUGAUAUGGGUUGCGGUGGUUCGAGGUUAGGAUGUGGGGCGGCGGCAAGGGCGGAAGAGGGCGGCGUUGUGCCACUUCCGGCGGGAAUACGUCCACUUCUCCGGCGGAGGCUAGAGGAGAUGAAGAAACGGAGCCACGCAAGCGUCUUGAAAGGGAACCAGACGCUGUCUAAGAAGGAGCUUCUCCGGCAUGGCUCCUCCGAUGACGGAGAAGAGACGGAGGAAGCCGACGACAGCUUGAAGUUGUCGGCUAAGGUGGCUCCGGCGCCUGAUCAUCACGUCGAAGAGAAGAAAGAGGUUAUUUAUGAGAAGAUUUCGUCGAGAAAUCAUGAUGUUGAAGAGGUGAAAGAGGAGGAAGAGGUUGUGAAGAAACAAGAUGAGGAAAAUCAUGAUGAUGGUGUUGAUAAGGUCAUCAAUGUUAAGAAGGAAGAAGAUGAUGGUAUUAAUCAUGAUGGUGAUCAUGAUAAAGUCAUCAAUGAUGGUGAUCAUGAUAAAGUCAUCAAUGUUAAGAAGGAAGAAGAUGAUGGUGAAGCGACGAUGAGCAACUUAGACGAGAGGAUGAUAUGUUGUGGAUCUCCAAGCUUUAGGGUUUAUUGCGUCGAUGUUACUUCUUCUUCUGAUGAUGAUGAUGAAAAAGAUGUUGAAGACACGAGAAAGUCUAUGGAAACCGAAAGCGUCAUCAUAGAGCCAAAAGAGGAUGAAAGCAUCGUCGUCAAAAAAGUGAAAAGAGGAAGAAAAGUGAAAAGAUUCGGAAUAGCAUUGCCCAGGAAGUAUUUAGCAAAUGUGACUGCACCGUGCUAUGCGGGUGGAGGAUGCAUGGGCAACAACACUCAUUCUCGUCUGGUGCAAGAGAAAUCGAGCCAGUGAUCGAUCAAAUAAUAUUAAUUUGCCAUCUUUGAAUUGAUUUGUUGAAAGUAAGGACGAUGAUGAGUGGUGUACGUACGCAAACCACUAAUAAGCUUUUUAGAACUUUGAUUUGUUUCGAGAGACUAUUGUUUUGUACAACCUCUUCUUCACCUUUGCUUUCUCUCAGGAUAAGUUAAUGUAUAGUGUGUGACGAAUUUUACUCUUUUUCUU